UGUUGAGAGAUCAGACCCAUCAAAAGUGACCAGCAAGACAAGUUUGUCGUCAGUCCCUUCCACAAUUAAGAGCAACUCAAGUCGUUCAACACUGACUCUUCCAUCAAUGAGAGAUCGAAAUGAGCUUCCUACUCCUCGGAUAGAAGGUGAAAUCUUGUCAUCUUCUAAUUUGAAGGCAUUCACGUUCAAUGAUCUAAAAAAUGCAACCAAGAACUUCCGACCGGACAACCUUCUUGGGGAAGGAGGGUUUGGGCAUGUCUACAAAGGUUGGAUUGAUGAGCACACGCUUGCUCCUUCAAGACCUGGGAGUGGUAUGGUUGUUGCUGUGAAGAAGCUUAAACCGGAAGGUUUUCAAGGACACAAGGAAUGGCUGACAGAGGUUGAUUACCUUGGUCAACUUCACCACAAGAAUCUUGUUAAGCUCAUUGGUUAUUGCUCAGAUGGUGACAACCGGCUUUUGGUGUAUGAAUUUAUGCCCAAGGGAAGUUUGGAGAACCAUCUGUUUAGAAGUGAGGUGCUGAUCCUUUGUCAUGGGCAAAGGCUCAAAGUUGCCAUUGGAGCUGCUAGGGGCUUGUCAUUUUUACAUGAUGCUGAAAACCAAGUCAUAUAUCGUGAUUUCAAGGCAUCAAACAUUCUUCUCGACUCAAUUGAACAACAUGAAUCUCUAGAGAACAUCUUUAGCCCUGUCCUUGAAACUACUGCUCAGGCUUAUGGUGAAGAUGACAACAUUCAACCUUCUUCAGGAAACGCGAACGGGUGA